CUAGUUCGCAAUCUGGCGCGAGACUUUACAAACUCACUUGUUGCUUUAUUGAUGGAGAAAGUUGUGAUUUAGUUGGGAGUUAGAUUGCGCUACUACUUUACGCUGCUGACUACUUUUGAUCGCCACAUUUGUUUUUGUUUUUUCAUCUUAUCGAUGCACGUAAACUUUCCCUUAAGCAUUCUCCAUCACAUAUCUGCUUUAACUAGAUGGACGUGUGCGUUUUGGCUCAGUGAGCGACUUCCUUCGACUAAUAACCUUUACUUUGCUCUCGGGCUUAGCUUGUUGUUGAUUGGUUGACUGCCGCGUUCAUACCUUCCAAAAGUUUUCCUCAAUUUUCCGGAUGUAUUCGCCGACGUUAACACCCCGGUACGUGUCUGAGGAGAGCGAUCGGCUUUGCGUGACACGUUGCGGACAUUCCGAGCUGUGUUUUAGGACGUGCGUGUUUUUUUAUUAUAGUUAAACUGUGUCUGCGCGGUGCAGGCCGCAGCCUAUAGUCGCUGCCAUAGGGUAACAGAAAACAGACACGGGGAGCUCUGCCAGAUUUACCCCCGUAUUGCCACCGGGGAGAGCAGCAGCGGAGCACCGGGCAACCGAGGCCACCGGGAGCAUCGCUGCAAACACCAAUGAAGUUCUCAUUUACUAGUUUCUUAAUGGUGCUCUGACCCCUUUUUUUUAAAAAGAAGAUGCAUCUAAAGCUAUUGCACCAAAUGGAUUGCGCAGAUGUUAUUGUCGGCAUAGAGAGGACCAUAACAACGAGACCUGCGUCAUUUUCUAUGGUGCCUCUCCAAAGUCCGGUGUAAGAAUAACCCAAUUAAAGCCUCCCAGGAACUGACAGCUGCUCAACGCAGCCAGGAAUGCAGCAUCCAGUGAGGAAAGUGUCCCCGAUAUCAUCCUCUCAUUCAGGGGGCAGUGUAUGGAAGAUGUCUGGAAAGCGAGACUGGACUCCGUGGAUGAAAAAGAGACGGGCUCCAGUGUUGUGCGCUCUGGGUGCAGUACUACUGUGCUGCCUGCAGAGCGGCGCCGCUCUCCCCGACGAGGCGCCGUUGUUCAGUGAGGAGCCCGUGUCCGUGGUGCAGAAGCUGGGAGGCAGCGUGAAUCUGCGCUGCCGCGCCCAACCCGCCUCCGCCAACAUCAGCUGGCGCCUCAACGGCCAGGAGCUAGUGGAUGAACAUGUGGAGCUGGGGCCCAGCGGCCUCUUCAUCCCCGCACUCUCCAACCUGACGGUGGGCAGAUACCAGUGUGUGGCCAGCACCAGCGCAGGAGCCUUGGCUAGUGUGCCUGCUAACGUCACCGCUGCCAAGCUGCGGGAUUUUGAGUCCGAUGACCAGCAUGAGAUCGAGGUGGACGAAGGCAACACUGCGAUUAUUGAAUGUCACCUCCCCGAAAGCCAGCCCAAGGCCCAGGUCCGCUACAGUGUCAAACAGGAGUGGCUGGAAACAUCCAAAGGAAACUACCUCAUCAUGCCAUCAGGGAACCUGCAGAUAGCCAACGCCACGCAGGAAGACGAGGGGACGUACAAGUGUGCUGCCUACAACCCCAUCACCCAGGAGAUCAAAACAUCCAGCUCCACGGACCGCCUGCGCAUACGCCGCUCCACCUCGGAGGCGGCGCGCAUCAUUUACCCACCGUCGUCUCGGUCCAUCAUGGUGACCAAAGGCCAGCGGCUGGUGUUGGAAUGCGUGGCCAGUGGCAUCCCCACUCCUCACGUCAUAUGGGCAAAAGAUGGGCAGGACUUGGGUUCCCACAACAAGACUCGCUUCCUGCUCAGCAACCUGCUGAUCGACGUGGUGGGCGAGGCCGACUCGGGCACUUACAUUUGCCGAGCGGACAACGGCAUCAGCUCGGCCAGCUCUGCCACGGUGCUCUACGACGUGCAAGUGUUUGAGCCUCCUCGGGUGACGGUGGAGCUGCAGCAGCAGGAGGUCGUGUACGGGGAGACGGUGCGGUUCACAUGCCAGGCCCGCGGUAAACCCACUCCCUCAGUGAUGUGGCUUCACAACGCCCGUCCCCUCGCACCGUCUCCUCGCCACCGCCUGUCCUCCCGGGCGCUGCGUGUCUCCAACGUGGGCCCUCAGGACGACGGACUGUACCAGUGCAUGGCCGAGAACGGGGUGGGCAGCUCACAGGCGUCUGCUCGCCUCAUCACAGUAUCAACCGGGAUUUCAUCCAGGGUGAAGCUGCCCUCGAUCUAUCGGCCGCUCAGCCCAGAUCAGGUGCUGAGAGAGCAGCCGCCAGUGAUGCCGGGGGCCGCGGGGGCCAUGUUGCCUCUUGACUGCUCCGAGAUGCCAGGACAGAUUCUACCUGCAGAGGCCCCCAUCAUCCUAAGCCUGCCACGCACGGGCAAGGCGGACUACUACGAACUCACCUGGAGGCCGCGGCAUGAACGAGGAGUCCCCGUGCUGGAGUACAUGGUUAAAUUCAGAAAGGUGGGAGUUUCUCUAGCAGACUGGACCUCCAGCAGUAUCUCUGGCGCCCUCCACAAGCUGACUCUGGCUAAGCUGCAGCCAGACAGCCUGUAUGAGGUGGAGAUGGCGGCCAAAAACUGUGCCGGGUUGGGACAACCUGCUAUGAUGACCUUCAGAACUGGCAAAAGUCGCAGAGGUUUAGGGCAAAUUGACCCACCGAAAACUCCUGCUGUCCCUUCGCCAAGCCUCUCUCCUCCCGAAGCCCCUGACAAGCCCACGGUCUCCACGGCAACGGAGACUUCGGCAUACGUGACUUGGAUUCCCCGCGGUAACCGCGGCUUCCCCAUCCAGUCGUUUCGGGUGGAGUACAAGAAGGUGAAGAAGGCCGGAGAGGACUGGGUGACGGCGGUGGAAAACAUCCCCCCAUCGCGGCUCUCUGUGGAGAUCACGGGCCUGGAGAAAGGUACGUCCUACAAGUUUCGUGUUGUGGCAGUGAACGUUAUCGGUUCCAGUCCACCCAGCGCCCCGUCGAAGGCGUACACGGUGGUCGGUGGGAGAACCCACGAACGCCCUGUGGACGGCCCCUACAUCACCUACAAUGAAGCCAUCAACGAGACGACCGUCAUUCUCAAAUGGACGUACACUCCCGUAAACAACACCCCCAUCUACGGUUUCUACAUCUACUACCGGCCGACAGACAGCGAUAAUGACAGCGACUACAAGAAGGAUGUGGUGGAGGGAGACCGAUACUGGCAUUCAAUCACCGACCUGCAGCCGGAGACCGCCUACGACAUCAAGAUGCAGAGCUUCAACGAGAAGGGAGAGAGUGAAUUUGGCAACGUGGUGAUCCUCGAAACGAAAGAUUUUCAACUUUUUAUCUCCUCAGCUCGUCCCAAUCAGCAGCGGCCGGUUCCAUCAGAGACCCCUGACCACAGGUUGGGACAGCCCAGCGGACUCGUGCCUCGGCCCGGCGACCUCCCCUACCUCAUAGUUGGUAUUGUCCUGGGAGCCUUCGUCUUCAUCAUUGUCGCCUUCAUCCCCUUCUGCCUUUGGAGGGCGUGGGCCAAGCAGAAGCAAAUGGCCGACUUGUGUUUUCCUGCCGUGGUCGCCCCCGUGUCCUCAUGCCAGUACACCAUGGUUCCCCUCCAGGGACUUACGCUGGUUGGCCACUGCCCGCUGGACGCCCGCAUGACGGCGCCACAUGGCGUCUACCCUGUGAACGGAGAAUACGGAGAAUACCCUCUGAACGGCAAACCUCACCACCACACACACCGCCUGCCGGGCCUGCAGCAGGAGGAGGUGGACUGUGAUAUGGAGUGUGACACGUUGUUGCCACAUACGAUGUCAAAUGGACAUCUUCCUGUUUACCACUACUCCAGGAGUCCAGACCAUCACGAACAGAGUUGCUGUCCUCCGGAUGACUCCACCCUUCAGCUCCUCGACUCCUCCCAUCAGCACCACGGUUCACAGGAACUGGGAGGCGAUGACCUCUGCAUUGGAGACAAAGCAGAGGACGGCUUCAUUUACAAGCCAGCGUCCUUUCCUCGUCUAUCUCUCGAAGACGAAGGGAUUUUCACCACAUCGUCUUCAGCAGCCACAACGCCACAAUCCCAAGACGUGACGAUACAGGAAGUGAACAUCCUCCCAAAUGUUGCGUACCCCGAGGACGAAGGGACCGCCAACACAACAGACGCAUAAGAGACUGUUCAACAAACAGAAGACGAGAGAAAAUAUUUAUUUUUGUAUCAGAUAUUUAUAUAUUUAUGCUUUUGUACAAACUGUAUAUUAGGUUAUUUUCACAUUGAAAAAAGAUAUUUGCUGAACUGUCUGCAUUUCCUGUGGAUGAAAAUAAUAAGAGACGUGAUUCCUUGUGAAGAAGACCAGCGAGGGGACCGUAGGCCUGCAGGGAUUCCUCUCAGUUCAGCACUUCAUGUCUAGACCUUCCUCACUCCUCACGUCAUUCCUCACAGAUAUCUUCCAUCCUAAAUGUUGGGACCUUAAGUACUUUGCUUUAUGUACACACAACGGGACCAUUCAAACCAGUCUGACGCUGUAGUUAUGAGGUGCUUCCCUGCUUUUAGUGCUGUUGUUUUCAAAACGCAGCCGCCAGUCAUUCUGUACAGCAAUAACACAAAUGUAUUAUGCAUUGUUCAUUAACAAGAUAUUAACAAGUGUAUGCGACAUAAAUCAUGUUUGUUUCUGUAGUGCAAGAGAUUAUAUAUUGUAUAGUUUUUUUAAAAUCACUGAAUGAGAGAUCCUGGAAAAAUCUUAAACUCAGUCAUUGAUAAGCUGAACUUCAUACUGCAACCACUUCUGUUUACUCAUUUGCUGGUUACCAAAUGACUGCCAGGUGAGGGCCCAGUGACCGGUGUCAGUAUUACUCCCCCCUCACAGGUUGGUGCAUUAAGUAUUAGUCUUUGCCAGAGACAUCUGCAAUCAAAAUGAAGGAGAUGCUGAAUCUACUCCCCCUUAUCAGUGUAGCCGUUCUGUGGUUGUACACGCUGGAGCACUAUUGCAUGUAAAUAAAAGCGUAUGAAAUGGA